AUGGCGCCAUAUCCAACAAGACUAGAACUAACUUUAAAAGGACAUAAAGGUCCUGUAAACGAUGUAUGUUAUAAUCACAGUGGUCAGUACUGUCUUUCAGCAGGUCGAGAUCGAUCUAUAAGAUUAUGGAAUCCGUCAACUGGACUCUUAUUACACACAUACACUGGCCAUAGUCGCGAUGCUCUGGCAGUAACAGCACUUAACAAGCUGAGAAACAGUUCACCUGAUAAUGCAAAAAUAGCGAGUGGAGGUGCUGAUCGCUCUGUUAUUCUAUGGGACGUUGGGUCAGGUGAAAUUCUACGACGUUAUACUGCUCACUGGGAGCGAGUGAAUUCUGUGGGGUUUAAUGAUCAAUCUACAGUAUUGAUAAGUGCAUCUUUUGAUGCAACGAUAAGACUAUGGGACCUUCGAUCAAUGAAUUUACAACCUAUCCAGAUAAUUGAGGAUUGUAAAGACAGCGUCAUGUCAGUUCAUAUUCAAGAUACGGAGAUUAUAGCAGGAUGUGCAGAUGGUAGACUACGAACGUAUGAUAUAAGAAAAGGGGAAUUAAAAGAAGACUAUAUUGGAUCACCCAUUACAUCUGCCAAGAUAACUAAAGAUGGUAAUUGUAUACUAGUGAGCUCUCUAGACAGUACAAUGAGGCUUAUGGACAAAAGCAAUGGAAAAUUGUUAAAUGAAUUUAAAGGACAUAAACAUAAAGAAUACAAGAUUGAGUCCAUUUUAUCAAAUAAGGAUGAAUAUGCAAUCACAGGCUCAGAAGAUGGAAAGAUUUAUAUCUAUGAUGUUUUAGAAGCAAAAGUGCUUUCAACAAUAGAAGCUCAUCAAGGAGUAGCUACUACGCUUGAUUAUCAUCCUGAAAAUAUAAAUAUGUUAUCGGGUGGAUCUGAUGGGUUAAUUCAUAUCUGGGGUUAA